UCUCUUUCCUGUUUCAGGCACCGCACCUAUCUGGAUCCCAAGUCGCGAUCCAUGUAAGGUCGUCUAGGGCUUGAAUUGAACCUCAUCGUAUAUGUGUACAUAUAUAUAUUAUAUAGGUCGAUGUCGUCCAUUAAAAUGGAAGAGAGCUUCUUCGAUUUGGUGGACUUUGUGAACAGACCAGCGGUGGUUGAAACAUUCGUCGACAUAUUGCUAUGCACAGUCCCGAUUUGGCUCGCGGUCAUGAUCGGGCUCCUGAUCGGGUGGUCCUGGAGGCCUCGGUGGACGGGUCUGGUCUUCCUCGGGCUCCGAUCCAAGCUUCGAUUCCUUUGGACGGCGCCGCCGGGGUUCGGGGCUCGGCGGCUCUGGUUUGCCUUCACGGCUCUCUCGGCAUUCUCAGUUGGUCGGACGCUUUGGUCCAGGUUCAGAGGGAAGUACCAAAGCUCGGCUUCGGCGACGUCAGCUCCCGGUGAGGCUCCGUCGGUGGUCGGAAGUGGUGGCGACAUUAAGUCCAAUGCAGAAGACUCUCAGACAGAGCAAAAUAUUGUCCUGGAGAAUGAUCUCGAACACCUAUUGCAGCUUCUUGAUGGAAUGGGUGGGGAAGUAGGAUGGCAAAGUCUGAUGGAUCGUGCUACCUCAAACAUGGCAUAUCAAGCUUGGCGCCAUGAGCCUGAGGAACUCUCAAACUGUAAAGUUUCUGGUAGAAACCAGAAUGCCCCCACAGUGUAUCGUAGCAGAACUGUCUUUGAGGAUGCAACGCCAGAUCUUGUUAGAGACUUCUUCUGGGAUGAUGAGUUCCGACCUAAAUGGGAUCAUAUGCUUACUUACUCUAAAAUAUUGGAGGAGUUCCCUGAUACAGGGACGACGAUAGUCCAGUGGAUAAAGAAGUUUCCUUUUUUCUGCAGUGAUCGAGAAUAUAUAAUUGGUCAAAGAAUAUGGGAAGCUGGAAAGACUUUUUAUUGCGUGACGAAGGGGGUGCCAUAUCCAGGUCUGCAGAGGCGUGACAAGCCUAGACGUGUGGAUCUUUAUUUCUCAAGUUGGGUUAUCAAGCCUGUGCAAUCCCGUAAAGGAGAUGGACAGUUGUCUGCCUGUGAGGUGACUCUUGUGCACUAUGAGGACAUGGGAAUCCCCAAGGAUGUGGCAAAGUUGGGUGUUCGUCAUGGGAUGUGGGGAACUGUUAAGAAGUUGCAUUCUGGCUUUAGAGCAUAUCAGCAUUCCAGGAAAUCAGGGGUGUCAUUGUCAAGAAGUGCAAAGAUGGCAAGAAUCACGACAAAGAUUUCGUCUGAUGAAAGUGUUGAUUCUUCGGUGCCCAUAACCGGUGAAGAAGAUAAAGGUAUAGCUGAGGAUCUUCUGGACAGGGAUCGUGGUGGCCUUGAUUGGAAAUGGUUAGUUAUAGGUGGAACUGUGGCUCUCGUCUGUGGACUCCAUUCAGGUGUAAUCGGGAAAGCCUUGUUACUCGGGGCAGGGAAGAGAGUACUUCGGAGGUGAGGCUUGACUAGGUGACCGGAUGUAGUAGAGUUGUACUUUGCUGUCCUGAGGAUCUGCAAGAACCUCAUUUACAUGUUAAAUUAUUAAUUCUUGGUAAUAUAGAUAUAUUUAGUUCUUAAUA